AACUUAUGAAAAAUGUUGUUACAAAAAGUAAGGCGUGGCUAGAAGAAAAAACUGACCAAUCAUCUGUCAGCUACAUCGAGCUAUCACAAGAACUUGACACAGCAGCUACGGCCUUGUUGGAUGUUACGUCACAUAUUUCUGACGAAGACAACAAGGAUGUCAACAAACCAACGCCAUCUUUACCACAGCCUGACACACAGACAACAGAAACAUUUCUAACAGUGCAAUCACCAAGACAACUCAAGACACAAGUUCAACAUACAGCGGUUGAAGAACAUCCUGACCUAGAGCGUAGACUCGCCUAUAUUGAAACAACACUAUCUUCACUACAGGACACACAACACAAGUCUACAGAUGACAUAUCAGAAAUAAAACAAUGGAGAGACAACUUUGUAACAGAACAGAGUGACAUGACGGUAAACAUUGCACAACUGACUAAAAAACAAAAACAGAAUUUUAAAAAUCUUAGAAAACAAAUGAGUGAACAAGUAAAGGAGCUGAACAAAGAAAUUGAAAGUUUAAAAGAAAAAGAAACCAAGUCAAACAAAACACUAGAGAAACUGUCCAUAGAUAUGAAAGAAUAUGAAAACAACUCACUCAAAAUAAAUAAAGAGAUGCAAUGUCACACAGAUAAAACAGACAGCAUGACACAAGAAAUUAAAAGCCUCUCUGACUUGAUUGUUUCUAUACAAGAUGAAAAUAAUAAAAUCGUGGUCAAAACUUCAACGCAAUUUGAAAAGUUUAAAUCAAAGCACAGUGUUAUGUACAAACUCCUACAACAAAGGUUGAUGCCCAUUGACAAACUGAUUCAAAUCUAUAACCAGAACUUGGAAACUAGGGAAGAAAGAAUAAAUAAGCUGGAUGAACUUGAAAAUAUUAUUUCCAAGUUGUCCAACAAUUUUCAUCGCAUCGAGUCACGUGUAUGUAACAGAUAUGCUUGUCAUGUAGAGCUUGAUGAUCCCACACCUGUCAGUGAUGGAUCAAUUAUUUCAACAUUUAGUAAAGUACGUGAAUAUAACGGUCAACAUUUUAAUCCAACAACAGGAAAAUUUGUAUCACCACAUGAUGGUUUAUAUCUUGUUUGUGUUACUCUACAUGAAUGGGAAGAUAAACAGAUUACAGUUCGUGUGAUGGCUGGAGACAGGUUGUUUGCAGUUGUAGAUGUUAAAUUUAAUAGAACUAGCGCUGCUAGGUCAGUGGUUGUCGACAUGAAGAAAGGGGAAGAACUUUUCUUUAAAGUGUAUGCAGCAUAUAAAGGCGCAAUGUUAUCCGGCUACAGUAGUUUUACUAUUGUUAGUUUAUAGAAGUACAACACAAAACAUGGUGGAUGGUAAAUUCUCAAAACAAUAAAAUAUGUAACCAUGAUACAUAAUAAUUGAUCACAUCUACGCAUCACCUGACUGCAAUCUAAUAAAGGUCUGUGUCCCCUCUUGUGAUGUUAGUGACCACUUCCCUGUUUGUUGUACUGUUUCGCAGAAAACAUGUGUACCUUCCCGGGAACACUUCACUAUAAUUUAUCGCUCUUUUAGAAAAUUUAAUGAAAAUCUUUUUCUUGCGGAUUUAUUGGCUGCCCCC